AAGUUCUGUUGCUCCUUAACGUGACUUGAUAGCUAACAAGCUAUCACAGUUGUCUAUCCUCAAAGGCUUUCUCCGUGUAAACCUGGUUUAUGAUAAACAUUUAAAAUGCAGAAUCAGUGCGCAGUGCCGAACUGUGCUAGUGGAAACUCAGACCCACAGCCUCUCUUCCGGUUCCCGAGUGAUCCAGAAAGGUCCAAGAAGUGGGUUGAAAAAUGUCAAAGAGAAGAUCUGUCAGACAAACCAGCGGAGCAGCUGUACAGACUCUACAGACUCUGUGGGAAACAUUUUGAAACAUCGUCGAUUGAUAAAGACGCUCAGAGUGCCGUGUUGAAGGAUGACGCCGUACCGACCAUCUUUGAAACGCCGAGCCAACCAAGUAAUGGACAGGGGAAGCGCAGUAAUGUGGUGACCAAAGAAGAUGAAACGUCGAGUAAGGGGAGGAAAAAAAUGAAAAAGUCUCCGGCAGAGCCAGCUAAGGAAGAUGUCCAGGCGCUCCCAGAGGAGGACGAAUACAAACAGUAUCUGAAGUCUUUAUUUGAAGUUCUUGUGCUGUUGGGAGGGCAGAGCAUUCCUCCGACAGGGCCUGGCGACGACAAACAGGAAAGUCUCGCGUCAAGCAACUUUGAGGCGCUGUUAGCGUAUCGUAUGACAUGUGGAGAUGAAGCUUUGAAGAAGAGGUAUGACGAGAAUAAAGAGUGCUGCUCCCCAGGAACGCUCAAUCAGCUGAUGGAGGUGUGUGAGAAAUACAUCCACAGUAAGCUGGUGGAGGGAGUCAAAGUGAACGGCUUCUUCUCGUUACUCACUGAUGACCUGGUGCAGAUCUCAGGAGAAUGGUUCCUCCCCGUCUUCCUCCGUUAUGUAGACAAGUCUAACUGCCAGCAGGAGAAGUUCGCUGGAUUCUUGCCCUUUGAAGGAGAUGGAGAGGCGUUAGCAGAGAAGCUGCUCUUUGAAAUGACUGACACAUGGGGCUUAGAUAUGGAGCAGUGUCGGGGGCAAGGCCACUCCUGCUCGGGGACACAUCUGAGUAAAAUGAAAACCUUUGGCGCGAAACUGAUGGAGAAACAUCCUAUGGCAGUGCUUUCUCUAAGGUCUACUCGUCCACUGAACAUGACAUUGGCGAAUGGCAUGGCUUUGUCAGGGGUUCAGCUCGUCACGUCCACCCUGAAGAAGAUAUACUCGUUCUUCAGUCAGUCCUCUCUGCUGCAGCUGGAGUUGGAGCACGCCAUUUCCAUUUUCUACCCGGAAAAAGAAGAGAAAGCCCAGAAGCUUAAGGAGAUAUGCAAAACCGACUGGACCGAAAGAAACGACGUGUUUGAGGUGGCCAUGGAAAUCCUGGAGGCGCUGCUCCUCUGCGUGGACAGCGUGCACGACAACGAGGACAUGAGGUGGAACGAUCAGAUCACACACGACGCCUUGGAGAUUUCAAAAGCACUCACCGAUUUUGAGUUCAUCAUGGCAUUGAUGGUGCUGAAAAACGUUCUGACGCUGACUAGAGCGUUCGGGGAGAACGUGCAUGGGAAAGCGACAGAAGUGCAUUUCGCCGCCACCAGUUUGAAAGCCGUGCUGCACUCUCUCAAAGAAGUGUCGGACAACAUGGAUGUGUACCACGAGUUCUGGAACGACGAGGCCGUGAACCUAGCCGCUGCCAUGGAGAUCCCUGUCAAGGUCCCCCGUUCGUUCUUGAGAAAACAUCAGUUGGAAUCUGGAGGCGUCCGGCCGGAGAGUUACUACAAGGAGCACCUGUCAGUUCCUGUGGUGAACCACAUCAUCACAGAACUGAAUGAACUCUUCAGUGAGGACCACCUGAAGGCUCUGAGGUGUCUGUCGCUGGUCCCUGCUGCCAUAGAGCAGAACAAGUCUACUGAACCCGAAGAAGACUGUGUGCAAGUGUUUAAGAACGACAUCCCAAACGCAGGAACUCUCUCCGCAGAGCUGCACUGCUGGUGGGUUAAGUGGAGCAAAAAGGGCAAAGGCGAGACUCUGCCCUCCAGUCUCCAUGAAGCCCUGCAGCUGGCCGACGUCAAGUUCUUCCCCAACAUGCUCGCAGUCAUGAGACUGAUCGGCAUUCUUCCUACUUUGGCUUUGGAGGAUGGCCGUGACGUGGCCUACAAGCACUACCAGAUGUACAUGGAGAACACGCCUGACAAGUUCAAGUCGAAGAGUCUCGCUCUUCUGAACAUGAACUCUGAUGUUGUGUUUGAUUUGGAUGCAAUGGUGGAGCUCUACAUGCAGACAUACCCCAGCAAAGGGGAGGUGUCGGAGUAAACUGUGACGUGAUCGUUAAGUGUCUAGACUAGGUAUGUUCUGAGUGACUAAUUCCCCCGUUGGUUAGACAGACUUUCUAAUUCAGAGUGAUCGUUUAGUCUUAAGGUCAGAAAACAGUUGAAAUUGAGCACAAUGUAUUAAAGUUGAGGGGAAGCAUUUAUUUUGCCGUUAUUGUUGUGAUAAACUAAGUAAUGUUCACGACUGAGCAGAAUCCCAGCGUCUGCAGGUAAACAAUGUCAAUUUGGUUUGUUGAGUUUGGCUAAUGCUAGCAAUGCUAGCACUGCCAGCCUUCAGUCCUCAUUGCAGGGUAACGUACAUGCUAACUUUGGUGACACAUCGCUCCGUUCGAGUGGUUAUGUUCCAGUUUAACCGGACAGCCUACAUACAACUUCAUUUUAAAGAUUAAAAUACUGUUUCCCAACAUCUUUAACGUUAAGUUAACAGCUUCAUAAGUGUUAGCCUUUUUUUGUUGCUCCCCAUUCCAGCUCCAUCAGUGUUUCCUCAGCUCUGUUCUAAACAUGGCCUGAAUGCUCAUCUAUUUUCAUACAUUGAAAUGAGAAAGUGUGUUUUUUUAUGUCUGGGCUCAAUCUCUCUCUCUCUCUCUCUCUCCAAUUUCAGACUCUAUUCACUGUCCUGUCUCUAAUAAAGUCAUAAAAGCCCCAAAAUAAAGGAAAAAACAUUA